AUGCAUUGGUGGAUUGGUUCUAAUCAAUAUGGUCUACUGCUAGUAUUUGCUAUUCUAAAAGCAGUAUUUGUAAUUCAAUCAGUUGCUCAGGUUGUCAAUCAACCUACCACUGCUUUGCGAACUACUGUGAUUCGUACUUUUUCUCCUGUUUCAACCACUGUACCUAUUUUACCAAAUACUCGUAUUGCCACAAGACCACUUCCAAAGGCUACUACGGUGCCAAGACCACCCCCAAAGGCUACUGCAGUACCAAGACCCCCACCUAUAAUAACUGCGAGGGAGGGUAUGAGCUGCACGGUACAAUUGUGUGAACGAGGUCUUGUAUGUUUAAUUGGACGAUGUGUUCGUCUUCCAACCGUUCCAGAAGGCACUUUGAUUACAAGCGAUCGAAGCCAGAACCAACCCAUUCCUGUAUCUGAUCAGUUUCCCAACUCGAGUGCAAAAGCCUUUGUUUUAAACGGUGUUGUUGAGUCUGCUAAUGUGAUAGUAGCUCCACCUACAGUAGGAAAAGUACAAACGACUUUACCCACAAGUAACUUGGGCAAAUCUGUAUCAGGACAGCAUGCUAUUUUGACAUCCAUCUCAUCCACUAUGUUUAUUUUAUUCAUGUAUGCUAUCGUUCUCUGAGAUGUUUUCAUUCUAUAUUCAAAACCAUGUAUUGAUACAAGCAUUGUAAUACAAGUAUGUUUUUAUG